CCGCUCCCACUGAUUUGAGUCGUGAGUGUAGCUGGCUGGCAGAGAAGGGGAAAGGACGAAAUCCAUAAUUUGAGAGGAGACACUUCAGCAAAGUAACACGUAUCUGUCAGGAACAUUAUUAAGCUACUGAAGAACCCUGAACUUGGAGGGAAGAAAGCCCAGCAAUGACAGGCUCUUAUGAUGACACUGCUUCUAUUAUGUUCGAGGUUUCCAGUGACAGCUUUUGGGAGAUUGGAAACUAUAAGCGUACAGUAAGACGCAUUGACGAUGGGAACAGGCUGUGUAAUGACCUCAUGAACUGCAUCCAUGAAAGAGCACGUAUAGAAAAGUCUUACGCCCAGCAGCUUACAGAGUGGGCUAAAAGGUGGAAACAAAAUACAGAAAAAGGGCCGCAGUAUGGGACUUUAGAACGAGCCUGGACUGCUAUAAUGACUGAAGCAGAGAAAGUCAGUGAGCUGCAUCUGGAAGUGAAAGGGCUGCUAAUGAGUGAAGAUUUUGAGAAGGUCAAAAACUGGCAAAAAGAGGCCUUUCAUAAACAAAUGAUAGGAGGGUUUAAAGAAACAAAGGAAGCUGAAGAUGGAUUUCGAAAGGCUCAGAAACCUUGGGCAAAGAAACUCAAGGAGAUGGACUCUUUUAAGAAAGCCUACCAUGCUGCCUGCAAAGAUGAGAAGCUAGCAAUAUCCAGAGAAAAUGCCAGCAAACUAGAUCCAAACCUGAACCCAGAGACCAUGAAGAAACUACAAGAUAGAGUAGAAAAGUCCAACCAGGAAGUUCAGAAGAUAAAGGAAAAAUAUAAAAAAUCACUUGAAGAACUGGAUAAGUGCACUCCUCAGUACAUUGAAAAUAUGGAGCAGGUGUUUGAGCAAUGUCAGCAGUUUGAGGAGAAAAGACUUGGCUUCUUCAGAGAGGUUCUGCUAGAGGUCAAGAAGCAUUUAGACCUGUCAACCAACCCCAGCUAUGUUGGUAUUUAUCAUGACCUGGAACAGACUAUUCAAAUGGCAGAUACUGAAGAGGAUCUGAAAUGGUGGCGAUCUAACAAUGGGCCAGGAAUGGCUAUGAACUGGCCACAGUUUGAGGACUGGUCUAUAGAUAUGAACCGUUCACUCAGUAAAAGAGAGAAGAAGAAGCACACAGAUGGUAUAACUCUGACUGGAAUGAGCCAGACUUCUGAGCAGGCAGCCCAGGUUUCCAAGCAUAGCAGCAGCUACCUUAGUGUGCCGAAUAGCUCGGUACAAUCCAGUUCUAACCCAUUUGAAGAUGACGCCGAAGAAGAAGCAGUAGUGGAGGAAGAAAAGAACAGCAGUCCUGUCAGUGAAAAAAAGGAGGAAAUUAAAACCAAAAAUGUCAGGAGCUAUGAAAAAAACAAAGACUCGUCUGAUGAGGAGACUAGCAACCCUUUCUCUACCGAUACCAAUGGGAACGGUAACCCCUUCGAUGAGGAGCCGUCCCCGGGGAUAGAGGUAUCUGUGCGGGCGCUGUAUGACUACGAGGGACAGGAGCAGGAUGAGCUCAGUUUCAAAGCAGGUGAUAGUCUAACCAAAAUUGGAAGUGAGGAUGAACAAGGCUGGUGCAAAGGACGGCUGAACAGCGGCCAAGUUGGCUUGUACCCAGCGAACUACGUGGAAGAAAUCCAGUAAUAAAAGAAUCAGUUGUAAUAAUAUGCUGCAUUAGUUAGUUCCUGUAAAUCUUCCAGAGAUUCGGAUGAAAAAAUACAUACUUAAUGGUCAUUUUCAACAUAUGAUCUUUGAUAAUAUUUGAGAAGAGCUUGGACAGAAGUACUAGUCAAAGCUAGGUAUUCAAACAUGUAUUAAUUCAUUUGUGCAGUGCUGAUUUGAAAAUAUUGUUCAAUUGUAAUCAUCAUCAUAAUAAUAAAGAAGCUGCAUUGUUCAUUAAUGAACCUAGCCUACAGUCCAAAAGUUGCAGGUCCGUGUUGUGAAAACUGUCUGGAGUCUGAUAUUUUGAAUUGAUUUAUAUAUUUUGUAGACCUUGUACAUACAAUUUAUUAAGGUAGCAUAUUACCUCUACCUUAGACAUUUUCUAAAUGUUUUUAUUUGAUUUUAAACCUAGCACAUUAGAAAAUUUGUGCCUUUUAGCAUUUUGGAUGGUAAUUUUACUGCAUAAUUUUGUUUUCAAAAUGAUUUUAAGUGACCCUUUUAACUGUUACACCUGAACUAAAUUUCUUGGAGGUUUUUUUAAUUGCUUUCAAUUUUUGGGUUACAGUAUUAAGCCUAUUUUAUGCUGUACAGGGAUGGGUGUAUGUGUACAUUACAGAGGUUGGUUGUAAAUGUUUGCAAUGCAUGUUGACAUUGAAGCCUUGUGUUUGCUGUAAAGUAUGGAAAAUAAGGUGACUCUUUUUAUGACCAUGGUCAUCUGUGACUUUAAUUUGUGGUGGAAAUAUCAAGCACAUAGCAAUUUUAUGCAAUUUUUUUUUAUUUUUAUUUUUACUUUGUUAUGGUCACCCAGGUUGCAAAUAUUGCACCCUGAUUUUUAAAGUAUAUAGCAAACAAGUGACAGCAAAAAAUGUAUUUCUCUUUUGUAUAAAUCGCUAAAUAAUUAAUGAACAAAUCAACUGGCAGAGGGAAGGUGUCCUUGUUGAGUUUUAGAUAAAUUGAAGACUGAUCAUUUAUAAUAGAUCUCUGUCUAUCGUGCAAGUGAUUUAUUGCAUUACUUUCUUGAUAUUUAAAAUAAUUGUGAUUCAAAUCAAUUGUACAAUGUAUGAUAAUGGUUAUGUCAAAUAACCAUUUCUCCAUCCUGUAACACAACUGUAUGAUAAUCAAUAAUUUAGAUCACAAAUAUAUAUUUCUUUGGCUGGAUAAAAAGCAAUAUGCCAUUCUGUUUGUUUUAUUUUUAUUUUAGAGAAAUAUCAAAUGUAAAUUAUGAAACUAACAAUAGAGUAGCAAUUUAAUUGUAUGUAUAUAAAAUAAAUAAAGAAUGUAUUGGUGGUCUUUUGAAGAAGCGGUUUUAAAAAAUGUUAAAAAAAAAAAAAAAUCCUUGUCCACGUGUUAUGAAAAUGAUACUAGUAUUCACUGAUACUGCAUGCUUGCACUGUAAUCUUCCAAAUGUGUUCUCAUGUCAGUACCAAGCUAUGUACAGAACUCAAAUUAGGUUAAGGAAGCACACCUCUGUGACCCAAGUAUUUUUUAUGUAUUUGAUGCUGUCUUCAUUGGGGGAGUAUUCUUAUUAAAUAAGCUGAUUUCUAUCAGAGUGCU